AUUGUUUUUUUUUUUUUUUUUUUUUGAUAUCGAAAAAUUGUUAAUUUAUAUGCACAAAAAUUGUUAUGAUUGCACAAAAUUGCAUACAGAUUUUUUACGAUCAAUCAAUUUCAAUUACGUUUUAGUACAGGGAGCGCAUAGCGUUGAUAGUUGAUAGCAGUUUCAAAGAGAGUGAAAGAGAGCGUUACGCAUGGGAUGAAUUAGGUAUACCAUGCAGCAUUUGGCAUUGCAUAUUUUCAGGCGUACGUUAUACAAUAAUUUUACGAUCAUUAAUUAUAAGUUUUGGUGCCAUGGCAGUUGCGAUUUUUAGUAUUAGCAAAAUACGACAAAUUUAUUUUAAUGUUAUUUAUAUUAUCAAUUAAGUCAGGAUAUUGUGUGUAUUUUUUGGAAAUUUGGUUUGACAUGUAAAUAGAAAUAAAAGAAAAGAGAAAAGAGGAUAAACAAAGUGUAGAAACGAAUAAAACAAACAUGCGUGAACGUGUGUAAAUUUGGAAAAUAUUUGCGGCUGUAAAACACAAAAAUUCAACUACAUGCAACAUUUUAAAGAUACACACACACAUAUGUAUAUACAUAUGUACAUAUGUAUGUUAAAUUAAUGUGAAAAUAUACCGGUUCAUAUAGAGUUAAUCAAGAAUGUACAUACAUACAUACAUAUCGUCACCUGAGUGGAAGAUCGACCUAUCUCGGUAGACAGUUCGUAAACGUAACGGAAUGAUUCGGGUUUUACCCGAGAUCUUGUUUCUUGCGAUCUCGCCCGCUUCUGGUUGCCCACACUAUCUGCUCCCUGUGCCAGAAAUGAGUAUAACGGAACGUGACAUCAGUCAACUGCAACACAUGCCUUGGCUUCUUGACUUCUGUCGAUGCUCUGGCCUACGCACCACACGCGAGUGGACAGCAAACUACAGCGCCCCCUGCUGCAGAGCACUGCCGACCCAGACCAGGCAGCAAACGCCACUACGCCGGGUGCAACAGGCCCAAGGUAGACUCAACUCUAUACACACCGGCGAACGUCAGUUCCGCAGAGUUGUCACUUCCGCAGCCGCUCGCUUCAUACUUUCCGGACGCAUCGCGGAAGUCCGCCCAAAUUUCCCGGCUGAGGCAGCUGUACUAGCAAAUGAGCGUGACCACCUACGCCAGGUCGAUCCCGGGGAUCUACGCUUGAAGGACCUUAAUUUGGAGAUUCGGCAACUGGUAAAUCAGCACAAGCGGUAAAGGAAAAGCGCUUGAAGUCCUGUAACUGCGUCUCUGGUGUGUGUAAGCUCUGGCAUACCGUGAAGUCCUUGUCCAACUCGACGAAGCACGACGGCAGAAAUUUCAUUCGAAGGUCGCGCCUCGUCGGACCCGAAGAAAUGCGCGAACUACUUCAGCCGGCAGUUUACACUGCAUCCUUUGGUAGACAAGGCCAAACGUCGAGUGAUCGGUAGGCAGCACAAACUGCCCAAAAGCAGUACACCACUUGUUUUCACCAGGGGCGAAGUGAAGGGGGCCAUCGGGAAGGCGAAAGCCUCCAAAGCCAUUGGACUCGACAGAAUCUGUAUGCUGAUGCUGAAACAUUUGGGACCAGCGGGAGCAGCAUACCUAACGGAGGUCCUCAACCUGUCAAUGACCACUCUCAUAAUUCCUGAUAUGUGGAAAUCAGGGAAAGUGGUCCCACUGGUGAAACCGGGGAAACCCGCCAAGGGUUUCUGGCUACAUACAAGGCAUUUGGCCGGCCGAUUCUAAAGUAUGCAACGCCAGUUUGGUCGCCGGGGACUAGUUGGAAGCAGUGAACGAAGCUACAGAGUUGUCAGAACGCCGCACUCCGGACAGCGACAGGGUGCGUUCUGAUGUCGCUUGAGCACCACCUACACUGCGAGGCCCAAAUGCUCCUCGUACGGGAGCACAACAAAACGCUCUGUAAGCAGUUUCUGGUGGGGUGUCACAGAAGUGAACAUCUUAACAGACCAUUGCUAUAUAAAAAAGCCGUAACUAACUAAAAUUUUGUAUUGCUCAAAAUUAUGCGGCGGGGACUUAUAAUUCGAUAAAAUGCAUCAUAAUCAAUGAAAACGGGAAUUUUGAAUUUGUACUUAGUAACGGUUUUUUUGU